CUGAGAGACAAUAUUGAGUAACGAGUCGUUGGGAAUCAACGUUUCAGGAUUGCGUGUCGAUUUAUUGCACACGUGUUUGCAGCCUGCUCGUGUCACCCAGCCAUGGCACAGCAGGAUCCCCCUGCCAAGAAGAACCCCGCUGUUGCUGCGUUGCACUCCCACUUCAUUGUGGGGUCUGUGUCAGAGGAGAACUCGGAGGAUGAGACUCUGGGAAAGGCAGAUGUACAACUGGAGGAGAAGGAGACUCGUUCCCUGUCACCGUCGUCUAUCAGCUCAGACAGCACCUACGACAUGGGUUUCGAACACAUUGAUGGCUCUUUGCACAACCUAAGGCCAAGCAUGUCCGGGCUGCACUUGGUGAAGCAGGGCAGAGACCGGCGUCGGAUCGACCUGCAGAGGGACUUCACGGUAGCCUCCCCUGCUGAAUUUGUUACUCGCUUUGGUGGCAACAAAGUCAUUGAGAAGGUCCUCAUUGCCAACAAUGGCAUAGCAGCAGUGAAAUGUAUGCGGUCCAUUCGGCGUUGGGCCUAUGAAAUGUUCCGCAAUGAAAGGGCAAUCCGCUUUGUGGUCAUGGUUACCCCAGAAGACCUGAAGGCCAAUGCAGAGUACAUCAAAAUGGCAGACCAUUAUGUGCCUGUCCCAGGAGGGACCAACAACAAUAACUAUGCAAAUGUUGAGCUUAUUUUGGACAUUGCAAAGCGCAUACCUGUCCAGGCAGUGUGGGCUGGAUGGGGUCAUGCCUCAGAGAACCCCAAACUUCCUGAGCUGCUUCACAAGCAUGGUAUUGCUUUCAUGGGUCCCCCAAGUCAGGCCAUGUGGGCUCUUGGAGACAAGAUUGCCUCUUCUAUCGUGGCUCAGACAGCUGGCAUCCCAACCCUGCCGUGGAGCGGAGCAGGCUUGACAGUAGAGUGGACAGAGGGCUGCCAGAAGAAGAGAAUCAUUAAUGUCCCUUCUGACCUGUAUGAAUUGGGCUGUAUCCAAGAUGUUGAAGCUGGUCUGAAGGCUGCAGAGAAAGUGGGCUACCCUGUGAUGGUUAAGGCAUCAGAGGGAGGCGGGGGAAAGGGCAUCCGCAAGGUCAACACCGCUGAUGAUUUCCCUAACCUCUUCAGACAGGUCCAGGCUGAGGUUCCAGGAUCACCUAUCUUCGUCAUGCAGCUGGCCAAGCACGCUCGCCAUUUAGAGGUGCAGAUCCUGGCCGACCAAUACGGCAACGCUAUCUCCCUGUUUGGCAGAGAUUGCUCUGUGCAGCGACGCCACCAGAAAAUCAUCGAGGAGGCUCCUGCUACCAUUGCCACUUCAGACGUGUUUGAGGACAUGGAAAAUUGUGCAGUGAAGCUAGCUAAGAUGGUGGGAUAUGUCAGUGCUGGCACAGUGGAGUACCUGUACAGUCAAGACAGCAGCUUCUACUUCCUAGAGCUCAACCCGCGUCUGCAAGUGGAACACCCCUGCACCGAGAUGGUGGCUGACGUCAACCUGCCUGCUGCCCAACUGCAGAUUGCCAUGGGUAUCCCUCUCCAUCGCAUAAAAGACAUCAGGAUGCUCUAUGGGGUCCAGCCCUGGGGCGACUGUCCAAUUGACUUUGAGGGUCUGUCUACUGCUCCCUCUCCACGAGGCCAUGUCAUUGCAGCACGCAUCACCAGUGAAAACCCAGAUGAGGGUUUCAAGCCAAGCUCUGGGACAGUGCAGGAAUUGAACUUCCGGAGUAAUAAAAAUGUGUGGGGCUACUUCAGUGUGGCAGCAGCUGGAGGCCUUCAUGAGUUUGCCGACUCCCAGUUUGGACACUGUUUCUCAUGGGGAGAGAAUCGCGAAGAAGCUAUCUCCAAUAUGGUGGUGGCUCUUAAGGAGCUUUCAAUCAGAGGAGACUUCAGGACCACAGUGGAGUAUCUAAUCAAGCUCCUCGAGACAGAGAGCUUCCAGCACAACAGCAUUGACACUGGCUGGCUGGACAGGUUGAUCUCAGAGAAGAUGCAGGCGGAGCGGCCAGACACCAUGCUAGGAAUUGUAAGUGGAGCUCUGCACGUGGCAGAUGUCAAUUUGAGAAACAGCGUAUCCAACUUUCUGCACUCUCUGGAAAGGGGUCAGGUGCUGCCUGCACACACACUACUCAACACUGUGGAUGUGGAGCUUAUCUACGAGGGUACCAAGUACGUGCUGACAGUGACACGCCAGUCUCCGAACUCUUAUGUGGUUAUCAUGAACAACUCAUCAGCCGAGGUCGAUGUGCACCGGCUCAGCGAUGGCGGCCUUCUGCUCUCCUAUGAUGGCAACAGCUACACCACCUACAUGAAAGAGGAGGUUGAUAGGUAUCGCAUCACCAUUGGGAACAAGACGUGUGUUUUUGAAAAAGAGAACGAUCCAUCCCUGCUACGCUCCCCUUCAGCGGGUAAACUAAUUCAGUAUACUGUGGAGGACGGAGGGCAUGUGUUUGCUGGCCAGUGCUACGUGGAAAUAGAGGUGAUGAAAAUGGUGAUGACUCUGACAGCUGCAGAAUCCGGCUGUAUUCACUAUGUGAAGAGGACCGGGGCUGCACUGGAACCUGGCUGUGUCAUUGCUAAGCUACAACUGGAUGACCCGAGCAGAGUGCAGCAGGCGGAGUUGCAUACUGGUGCCCUGCCCAUAAUCCAGGCUGUAGCGCUAAGAGGGGAGAAGUUGCACAGAGUCUUCCACAACACGCUGGACCACCUGGUUCACAUUAUGAAUGGCUACUGCCUUCCUGAACCUUUCUUCAGCGGCAAACUAAAGGAGUGGGUGGAGAGGCUGAUGAAGACCAUGCGGGACCCCUCCUUGCCCCUGUUGGAACUUCAGGACAUUAUGACCAGUGUGUCUGGUCGCAUCCCACCUGCCGUGGAGAAAGCCAUCAAGAAGGAGAUGGCUCAGUAUGCCAGCAACAUCACCUCAGUGCUCUGCCAAUUCCCCAGCCAGCAGAUUGCCAACAUUCUGGACAGCCAUGCUGCCACUUUGAAUAGGAAGUCUGAGAGAGAGGUCUUCUUUAUGAACACACAGAGCAUUGUCCAGCUGGUGCAGAAAUAUCGCAGUGGCAUCCGUGGUCACAUGAAGGCUGUGGUGAUGGAUCUGCUCAGACAGUAUCUCAAAGUAGAGAUUCAGUUCCAGAAUGGCCACUAUGACAAGUGUGUGUUUGCACUGCGUGAGGAAAACAAAGGCGACAUGGCCAAUGUGCUCAACUACAUCUUCUCCCACGCCCAGGUCACCAAGAAGAACCUUCUAGUUACUAUGUUGAUUGACCAGCUGUGUGGCCGUGAUCCAACACUAACGGAUGAGCUGAUGGCCAUCCUCACUGAACUCACCCAGCUCAGCAAAACCACCAACGCCAAGGUGGCACUUCGGGCCCGACAGGUGCUGAUUGCGUCACACCUGCCCUCUUAUGAACUCCGACACAACCAGGUGGAAUCGAUCUUCCUCUCAGCCAUUGACAUGUACGGACACCAGUUCUGCAUCGAGAACUUGCAGAAACUGAUCCUGUCAGAGACAUCCAUCUUUGAUGUUCUUCCCAACUUCUUCUACCACAGUAACCAGGUAGUCAGGAUGGCUGCCCUAGAGGUGUAUGUGCGCAGGGCAUAUAUUGCCUAUGAGCUCAACAGUGUUCAGCAUCGGCAGCUGAAGGACAACACCUGUAUCGUAGAGUUCCAGUUUAUGCUCCCCACAUCACACCCAAAUAGAGGGAACAUCCCCACUCUCAACAGGAUGUCCUUCUCGUCCAACCUGAACCACUACGGCAUGGUGCACGUGAGUGAUGUGCUGCUUGAUACCUCCUUUACUCCACCCUGUCAACGCAUGGGAGCCAUGGUCUCUUUCCGCUCCUUUCAAGAGUUCACUAAGAACAUUACAGAUGUGUUGAGCUGCUUCUCUGACUCGCCUCCCCCCAGUCCUACCUUCCCAGAAGGAGGCAACCCUGUCCUCUAUGGAGAAGAGGACAACAAGAGUAUUCAGGAUGAGCCUAUCCAUAUCCUGAAUGUGGCCAUAAAGACCGACAGCGACAUUGAUGAUGAUGGUUUAGCAGCCAUGUUCAGGGAAUUCACUCAGUCAAAGAAAUCCUUGCUGUUUGAGCAUGGCAUCCGUAGACUAACUUUCCUAGUGGCCCAGAAGGAUUUCAGGAAGCAGGUUAACUGUGAGGUGGACCAAAGAUUUCAUAGAGAAUUCCCCAAGUUCUUCACAUUCCGCGCCAGAGACAAAUUUGAGGAGGACAGAAUUUACCGCCACUUGGAGCCAGCUCUGGCUUUCCAAUUGGAGCUCAACCGCAUGCGCAAUUUUGCCCUGACUGCCAUCCCUUGUGCCAACCACAAAAUGCACCUAUACCUGGGUGCCGCACGUGUGGAGGUGGGCACGGAGGUUACAGACUACCGUUUCUUUGUGCGAGCCAUCAUCCGCCACUCUGAUUUAGUCACUAAGGAGGCCUCCUUUGAGUACCUCCACAACGAGGCAGAGCGUUUGUUGUUGGAAGCCAUGGAUGAGUUGGAGGUGGCCUUCAACAACACCACUGUACGAACUGACUGCAAUCAUAUCUUCCUAAAUUUUGUACCCACAGUCAUCAUGGACCCAUCAAAGAUCGAGGAGUCUGUACGCUCCAUGGUGAUGCGUUACGGCAGCCGUCUGUGGAAGCUGCGCGUACUGCAGGCCGAGCUGAAAAUUAACAUCCGCCUGACACCCACGGGCAAACAGAUCCCAAUCCGACUGUUUCUAACCAAUGAGUCAGGCUACUACCUGGACAUCAGCCUAUACAAGGAGGUCACUGAUUCCCGGACGGGACAGGUGGGGCCCAAAGAUCGACAGAUCAUGUUCCAGGCAUACGGUGACAAGCAGGGCCCCUUGCAUGGCAUGCUCAUCAAUACCCCCUACGUGACCAAGGAUCUGUUGCAGUCCAAACGUUUUCAGGCUCAGUCCCUGGGAACCACCUAUGUCUACGACUUCCCGGAAAUGUUCAGACAGGCUCUCAGGAAGUUGUGGCACUCCAGCCAUGCCUAUGCCCAUUUGCCCAAAUGCCCUCUGCCCUCUGAGCUGCUCACCUUCACAGAACUGGUCCUCGACCCCCAAGGUCAGCUGGUGCAGAUGAACCGGCUCCCUGGAGGCAAUGAGAUCGGUAUGGUGGCUUGGCGGAUGACACUGCGGACUCCAGAGUACCCAGCGGGACGGGAGAUCAUCGUGAUCAGCAAUGACAUCACACACAAAAUCGGGUCAUUUGGGCCACAGGAGGACGUGCUCUUUUUGCAAGCCUCCGAGAUGGCACGAGAGAGCGGCAUCCCUCGCAUUUACAUUGCGGCUAACAGCGGUGCCCGUAUCGGCCUGGCAGAAGAAAUCCGACACAUGUUUCAUGUGGCGUGGCAGGAUCCAGCUGACCCGUACAAGGGUUUCAAGUACCUCUACCUUACUCCUCAGGAUUACAAGAAGGUUUCAGCCCUUAACUCGGUGCAUUGCGAGCAUGUGGAGGAUGAGGGAGAGUCCAGGUACAAGAUCACCGAUAUCAUAGGGAAGGAGGAAGGGCUGGGCGUGGAGAACCUGAAGGGGUCUGGGAUGAUUGCCGGAGAGACCUCUUUAGCUUAUGAGGAGGUCAUUACCAUGAACCUGGUCACAUGUCGAGCCAUAGGGAUUGGGGCGUACCUGGUGAGGCUGGGUCAGCGUACCAUUCAGGUGGACAACUCACACAUCAUCCUUACUGGAGCUGGAGCUCUCAAUAAGGUGCUUGGCAGAGAAGUGUACACAUCAAACAACCAACUUGGUGGAAUUCAAAUCAUGCACAACAAUGGUGUGACCCACAGUACUGUCUGCGAUGACUUCGAAGGAGUCUUCACUCUGCUGCAGUGGCUUUCCUACGUGCCCAUGUGCAAAUCCAGUCCAGUGCCCAUCCUCAACACCAAGGAUCCCAUAGACCGGCUGGUGGAGUUUGUGCCCACCAAGGCACCCUAUGACCCUCGCUGGAUGUUGGCCGGACGUCCCAGCCAGACACCUAAGGGUUCAUGGCAGAGUGGUUUCUUCGAUCAUGGCUCUUUCAUGGAGAUCAUGCAGCCAUGGGCACAGAGUGUGGUGGUGGGCAGAGCCAGACUGGGUGGGAUACCGACUGGAGUGGUUGCUGUGGAAACCAGAUCGGUAGAGCUGUCAAUCCCAGCUGAUCCCGCCAAUCUAGAUUCUGAGGCCAAGAUCAUCCAGCAGGCAGGCCAGGUGUGGUUCCCCGAUUCUGCAUUUAAAACAGCCCAGGCCAUCAAGGACCUCAACAGAGAAGGCCUGCCACUCAUUGUAUUUGCCAACUGGAGGGGAUUCUCUGGGGGAAUGAAAGACAUGUACGACCAGGUGUUGAAGUUCGGAGCCUACAUCGUGGACGGGUUGAGGGAGUACCAGCAGCCGGUGCUGGUCUAUAUUCCUCCCCAGGCUGAGUUGAGGGGAGGCUCCUGGGUGGUCAUAGAUCCAACCAUAAACCCUCGCCACAUGGAGAUGUAUGCUGACAAGGACAGCAGAGGUGGAGUGCUAGAGCCUGAGGGAACGGUGGAGAUCAAAUUUAGGAGGAAAGACUUGGUGAAGACCAUGAGGAGAGUAGACCCUGUCUACACGGGCCUAGCCGAAAAACUGGGCACUCCAGAGCUGAGUCCUGCUGACCGUAAGGAGCUAGAGACCAAGCUGAAAGAGCGUGAGGAGUUUCUCCUGCCAAUCUACCACCAGGUGGCUGUGCAGUUUGCUGACCUCCAUGAUACUCCGGGCCGCAUGCAGGAGAAGGGCGUUAUCACGGAUAUCCUGGAAUGGCAAACUUCCCGUCAGUUCUUUUAUUGGCGCCUGCGACGUCUGCUGCUAGAGGACACUGUGAAGAGGAAGAUCCAUGCAGCCAACAGCGAACUGACUGAUGGCCAGAUCCAGGCGAUGCUGCGCCGCUGGUUUGUGGAGGCUGAGGGAGCUGUCAAGGCUUAUUUGUGGGAUAGUAAUGAGGAGGUGGUAGAGUGGCUGGAGAAACAGCUGGCUGAGGAAGAGGGUGCGAGGUCAGUCAUUGACGAGAACAUCAAGUACAUCCGCAGAGACCACAUCCUCAAGCAGAUUCGCAGCCUUGUCCAAGCCAAUCCAGAGGUUGCCAUGGACUCCAUUGUACACAUGACCCAGCAUAUAUCACCCACACAACGAGCCGAGGUGGUGCGUAUCUUGUCCACCAUGGACACCCCGGCUCCCUCCUCCUAGGGAGGAGCCUGUUCCCCCACUUCCAUGUCUGGAUCAACACCAGCUCCACCUUAAAAUCGCACCCAGGGGAGGUUAGACUCCUGAGCAGGACAUGAGCUGGAACACAGGAGCCAACAUGAUGUCCCAUGGUGACCAUCAGGUUACUGAUGAAAUUGUUGGCAGUGAUUCUCACCUGGGGAAGAGUUCUGUUGACUGAUGUCAAUGAUAGCAUUUUAUAAAUGUCUUAAAUGUGUGUGUAGUAUUGAUCAGCUUGUGUAUAUUAUAUCUGAGUGCAAUUGAAAAAUGACAAAAGCAGAGACCAGAAAUAACCAAUAGCUAACAUGUAAUGUUUUGAAGACUUACACAGUUGGCCAAAGUCGGGGUCCUUACGCUUUAUGAUAAUCAAUUGCCUCCUGAUGAACUGGAAACUUCACGGCAAUAACAUCAGGAUCUAGUUAUCGUGUUGAAAUGCACCUUAGUUUUUAAGGUACCCCUGCCGGUAUUUGUGAGUGUUUUAAUGGCAAUCUCAACAACUGUAACAUUGCUUGAAGUUAUGGCAAGAAAGAGGGUUUUGCACACAAGGGAUCACUUAAUUACAGAUCAGACACAGGGAACAUGGCAGAACACUG